AUGUUCGCAAAGCUCCACUUCAUCCUCCCCUCCCUCGCGCUCUCCAGCGCCGUCCUCGCGAUCCCGCAAUCUAGCUCGAGCUCAAGCCAAUGCGACACGGGCCCUGUCCUGUGCUGCAACAGCGUCACGCCCGCGAACAGUGUCGACGCGUCGACGAGCGACCUCCUCGCCUCGCUCGGCAUCUACACCGACGACGCGCUCAACGGCAUCGCGACGGGGUGUUCGCCGCUCGUCGGCGGGGACGGCUGUGAAGCAACCCCAGUGUGCUGCAAGAACGACCAAUUCACCGGCGCGGUCCCGAUCAACUACGGCUGCGCGCCGUUCAACAUCAACAUUUAG